AACAAAUAGUAGCAAAUAAAACACACCACGCAACGCAAGUCGCAGAGAACCAACACACCACGCAACGCAGGUCGCAGAGGAGGUAGGGAGAUAUGGAGGGUUGUGUAACAUCGGCGUUUACAUCAACACCAGCAGUAGUAUACCCACAAACCUUCUUCCUCCAAAACCCUAACACCCAUUUAUUAUCACACAACACCUGUAAUAAUAGCAGAAGGAGUAAAACCAGACCUUCAUUAUCCGUUAAAGCUUCUUCUUCAUUCAAAACUCACACUUUGUCGAGUAAUUGGGAUGUACCCACAUCCAAUUAUUCUGCUUCAGCUCCAUCUUGGAUGCCUAGAUUCGAAGAACUCGAUACCACCAACAUGCUUCUUCGUCAACGCAUCGUUUUCUUGGGAUCCCAGGUGGACGAUAUGUCAGCUGAUUUCAUAAUCAGCCAAUUGUUAUUUCUCGAUGCAGAAGAUGACAAGAAAGAUAUAAAACUGUUCAUCAAUUCACCUGGUGGUUCUGUUACUGCUGGAAUGGGGAUAUACGAUGCCAUGAAGCUAUGCAAGGCUGAUAUUUCCACCAUUUGUGUUGGUCUCGCUGCAUCCAUGGGUGCGUUUCUUCUAGCUUGUGGUUCCAAAGGGAAGAGAUUCUGUAUGCCUAAUGCUAAGGUCAUGAUCCAUCAACCACUUGGAAAGGCCGGAGGAAAUGCAACAGAUAUGAGCAUAAGAAUAAGAGAAAUGGUGUACCACAAGGUUAAGGUGAACAAAAUAAUAUCGAAAGUCUCGGGAACUCCUUACGAGAAGGUUGAAGCCGAUACCGAUCGCGAUUAUUUUAUGAACGCAUGGGAGGCAAAGGCGUACGGAUUGGUUGAUGAGGUGAUUGAUGACGGUAAGCCCGGUUUAGUUGCGCCGAUUGCAGAUAAGACACCGCCGCCCAGGACCCGUGUGUGGGAUUUGUGGAAAGUGGAGGGGAGCCGUAAGGCGAUGAAGAAUAUGCCGUCGGAGGACAAGAUGUUGCAGAAUGGACACAUUGGUGGUGAAGAAGAUGAAGAUGAAGAGAAAAAAGAAGAACCUGCUUCUGCCUGAGAAUCAUGGUUACAUUGAAGGUUUUUAUAUAAUGGUGCAAAUGUAACACUAGAUGGUUUUUGAUUCAAGUUAUGAUUCUAUUUGAUUAACCUUUUUUAUUUUGUAGCUGUUACAACUCGUUUUACAUGGAUAUAAAAUGGGAUAUGUGAGCUUCUUAUAAGAUUC